ACUCACCCCAACAGCCAUGCUCGACCCCAUCAGCUCCCUCAAGGCCCCUCCGCCGCGGUACCUGCUCGAGUCGGACAGCUCCGACGAGGAAGGACAAGGCGCGUACCCCGCGUCGGCGGCACCCACACAGCGCCGCGCAGCACCGCCCGCGCCAGUCGUCAGCGUGUCCCCACUCCCCGGCGCGUCGGCAUCGGAGCUGCCACUCAAAGCAUCCUCCGCGGUCGUCGCGAUCGGCCAGGCGGGCGCGUACCUCCUCCGCCGGGCGUCCUCUGCGCGUCCCUUGCUCAGCGUGACGCUCGACUCGGCGCGCGCAGGCACCGUCUUCGCGCUCGACGGCGGCAGCGCGCUGCUCGCGCUCAACGAGCUGGAUAGCGGCGACGCGGCGUACGCUGUCGUCGAGGCGGUUCUGGGCGUGGUCGCUGCCGAGUCGUGGACCCUCGUCUCGUCGUACGUCCCCGCCAUGUACAUCCCCUCUGCGGGCGAGCCGCGCGCCCUCGACCCGCCGGUACGAUACCUCUCGUCGUCGUCGGCGGUGAGCCUGUCGUCCCCCGCGCUGAGGACAUACGACGCGCCAAACUACGUCACGGGCGUCGCUGGCGCGUUCCUCUCGGCCUCCGCACACCCCGCGUCCCCGUUCCACGGCAAGGCGGCCACACUGCUCCUGCUUCCCCUCCCGCUGUCUACGCUCGCGCCGUCCGCCGUGAGCUCUGCGCUGGCGGCCGCGGCCCCCGUUGCUGCCAAGGCGCUGGGACGCUCCGCGCACUGGACCGAGGUGGACGACGAGCCAUUCGUCGGGCUCGGCAUGGGCGCGCGCCGGCCGCACCAGGAGGCACCGGCUGGCGACGACCUGUCGGGCAUGUACAUGUAGGGGUUGGUUUCUUAGUGAGGCAGACCGCUCGCGGCGAGGCUGGUUAGUCUUCGUGCGAUGUAUGAUAUGAGGCUGCAG